UACAUAUGUGUUGUAAAAGUUGGAAAUGAUUUGAGGUUAAAAUCCGUUUAUAAUCUCGACACAUGAGUUAUUGAUUAAGUGUCUUUAAACAAAAACAAUACGAGGACGAUCGCGUAUUUAUUCUGCAAAUGUAACAAUGGUGAAGAAUAAAUCGACAACGUGUCGUAGAUUAAGAUUUCAUCCAAGUUUCAUUGUGCCAUCAGUGAAUAAUAUCUAGGAGUAAUACUGAUUUGACAAAAAUGAGCAGGCUAUGGAAUUAUUUAGUAUUUCAGGCAUGGAUGUCUUAUUUGAUGGCAGCUGGAUUGUUAGUCUUCACGAGUGGCUUCCUCCUUAAUCGCGUCUCCAGGCCCGAACAGGCUGAAUGCAUACAAUGCGCGGUCAAUGCUGGUGAUUGCGACAUGACAAACAUCUUCCAGGACAUGGAACACGCCGCUAAAGUGUGCCUAGAGCGUAGAGCACGAGUUGUGCUCUUAAUCGUUGAUGCCUUGAAGUACGAGUUCGCGGAGUGGUAUGAGAACACUGCCUCGAUGUUCUCCUAUCAUCGUAAUAAGUUGCCCGUAAUUCACGAAUUACUGCAGAAACAUCCGUCACAUUCUCGCCUGUACAAAUUCAUAGCCGAUCCGCCUACCACAACUAUGCAACGUCUCAAGGGUCUUACGACAGGUUCCUUGCCCACUUUUAUAGAAAUAGGCUCGAACUUUGCUUCGGAUUAUAUUCAAGAAGACAAUCUUAUUGACCAAAACGUUGCCGGAGGUAUUGUUUUUAUGGGAGAUGAUACAUGGACCAAUCUAUUCCCGAAUAAAUUUAUGAGACAAUUUCCAUCGCCAUCAUUUAAUGUCUGGGAUCUGGACAGUGUAGACAAAGAUGUUCAAUACCGCAUUUUCUUUGAGAUGAAAAAGAAAGAUUGGUCGUUGCUAAUAGCGCAUACACUUGGAGUUGAUCAUUGUGGACACAAGCAUGGCUCGCAACACCCAGAAAUGGCGAGAAAAUUGAACGACACAAAUACACUUAUAAAAGAAAUUGUAGCAUCUCUUGAAAAAGAUAUGAUGCUUUUUGUUGUUGGAGAUCAUGGCAUGACUGAAACAGGUGACCAUGGUGGUGAUAGCUUGAAUGAAGUUGAGGCUGCGUUGUUCGUUUACUCGACAACUCCUUUAAUGAAAGGAUUUCCGAUUGAUAAUGAUAAUAGCGUGAAUCAAAUUGAUCUUGUUCCUACUCUGGCAUCGAUUCUUGGCACACCAAUUCCUUUUUCUAAUUUAGGUUCUGUAAUACUAGAUUGUUUGCCAAAUAAAGUAGGAGACACUGCUGGUCAGUUAUCAUAUGUAUUACAGUCUCUGUGGAGAAAUAUUGCCCAAACAAAAAAAUAUAUAGAGGUAUAUUCCACAGAUACAUAUUUGUUUUCAAAAGAGCAGCUUCAGCAUUUAAAUUAUGUGUAUAAUCUUCUCGCCGAACGAAUUAAAUAUAUUGAUAGUUUUGAAAAGCUAGAGACGUUUAUCGGAGAUACCAAAGGUUAUUUUAAGUUAUUAAAAGACACAUGUUCUGAAGUGUGGGUCCAAUUUGAUUCAGGCUUAAUUUCUAAGGGUUUACUUUUGAUGUUUUGUUCUUUAUUUUUCUUUUAUCUCUUCAUCACUGGUAUUCCUGAAAAUCGUAUGUGUGAUAUAUUUAAAUCUUCAUUUUUACAAUGUGCCAUUAUAGCAAAUUUAAUUACUGCAGCAAUUACUACAUGUUUAUUUUUGUUUAAUGUUUUAGAAGAAUUGAGGAAUACAACUUUUUUUGCCACUGGUGCAAUUUCUAUUGGUUUAUUAGUUAUAGUAAUUGCUCAGAACUGGGAUGUUAUAUCAAUGUGCUGGUAUGAUCAUCGUAGAAUUAAGUUGUUGACUUAUGUAACAAGGAUAAUACUUCUUCUAACAGUAUGUACGCUUUUCUCCAACAGCUACAUAGUUGAAGAAGACAAAGUCUUGUCCUUUCUAUUUGUUACACUUGUUUUUUUGUUGAUUUUUAAUUUAAGAAAAAGUGAUUCUGAUAGUACUUUUGAAAAGAAGACAAGAUUUAUGUCAAAGCCGUCAAAACCUAAUUUCAGGACAAUUGUACUAGUUGUUGGUUUAUUAGCAUGUAUCUCGAUGAGAUUAUCGCAUUAUUUCUGGCGCUGUAGGGAGGAGCAUUUACAACGGGAAUGCUCUAUACUUGCGACUGGUAAAGUUGACUGGUCCACAGUAUCGAAUAAUUGGAAGCAUGCUUUAUUUGCUGUUUUACUUGCUUUAAUCAUUCUAGCAUCAUAUGUGGUAAUAGUUAGAUUGUGGUUGCAAAGUUGUGGAAAUCUCACAGGCUGGGCUCCUAGCGUCAUAGCGGGACAGUAUUGUCCAAUUAUUGUAAGCGUUUGCAUGGGUUGCUACUGGGUUCUACAAAAGUUCCCGAAAUGUAUCAAACCGAAACUCUCCCUCUCCUGGGAAAUUAAUAUAUUACCUAACGUAGUUUAUUUCUUCUGCGUGUUAGCGAUUAUCACUCUCUAUUAUCGUCCACUCAGUAUAUACUUGUUGCCAAAGAAGAAAGAAUCCAUCGAUCUCUAUCGUGACGAAAACAUAGUGCCUCGGUUAUUUGAAAAGAUAAAAAAUUCGAUUUCUCGCAAACGAAUAAAUGCUGAUGAGCUUCCAAUCAUUUACGGUUUUGGAACUGCCUAUAGUGCUGCAUUCAUCUCGUUAAGUGUAUUCCUUACACUUUUAUAUGCAUUAUUAUUAGGAGAUGCUCUAUCACCUGGUACAUUUUUAAUGUUUGUAACAUGCGUCUGUGUAUUGGGUUUAUCCGCAAUAGAAAGAUACAAAAAUGCUAAUAAUAUUUCUGAACUGAUGGAUGUAUCCAUGCCUGUGCUAUUCUGUUGGUUCUUAUUAGCUGAAUAUUUCUUUUAUGGAACUGGCCAUCAAGCGACAUUUCCUACUAUUCACUGGCAUGCUGCCUUUGUAGGAACUGGUGGUUACUUUUAUGGAAACAUAGUAUCAGCAAUUUUAGUCGGUAUCAAUACAUUCGGAUCGCAUAUUAUAUUAGGUGCAACAUUACCAUUAUUAGUGAUUGUGCCAUUUACGCUACAUCGGAUAUUUCCGAAAUUUCUUAAAGCAAAAUUUUUCGAUGAUAUAAAGAGAGGUGAACUUCUAUUAUUUGAACAAGAUUCUGCCUUCCAUGCUGCAAUUUUCUCGAUUGCAGGAAGAUAUACAUUACUUCACGGAAUCCGGACUUUUGGCAGCAUGCUUGCGGCAACAAUACACUGUCGGCAUUUAAUGGUUUGGAAGAUAUUCGCACCGAAAUUAAUAUUUGAGGGAUUAGGAUUUCUGGUAACUUUGGGUAGUGUACUAGCAUCAUUUUACAUGGUGUUUCGCAUUGAUCAACAAAUGGAAUACCUCAUUACUAAAAUCACGAAAAGCAGAUGAUAGUGACUUAUUCUUAAGGG